UCAGCCCAGAGCAACCCGCAGAAGUAAAUAAAUCCCAUCAAAACACCCUCAUGGAUCUAUAACAUCACAUUUCACACCAUAACCCAAAAACAAUGACAUCUCGCAUCCCCCACCUCCUCGAACCCCACCUCUCCCUCCCACCAGAAUCCUCCCUCGUCACCCUCACCAGCGUCCUCGGCGCCAGCACCAACUGGCUCGUCCUGCGCCACCUGCACGCCCUCCUCAAACCUACCACCCCCUCACACCAACACCACCAACAACAACAACAACCAUCAUACCAAACCCCACACCAAAACAACAGCAGCGACCCCGACACCAGUCUAGAACAGCAAGAUGGCGGUGCGGAGACAGCCGUGCUCCUAGUAAGCUUCCUGCGCGACCUGCCCUUCUGGCGGGAGAACCUCUCCCGCUUGGGGAUCGAUCUGGACGCGGCGGGACGUAGGGGCCGGUUCGGGUUUGUGGAUGGGCUGGGCGCGGGGUUGUUUGCAUCGACGGCACCGCCGCCACAACAACAACAGCAGCAGCAGAGGGCUGCAGGGCAGGGGUGGGAGAGGGGGCUGGCGAGCGCGGAGCCGGGGGAGAUUGGAAGGGUUGUGUUGGGGGAGGUGGAGCGGUUGAGGCGGUCUUCCUCGACUGUGGUGGCUGGGGAUGGGGAGGGGAGGAGGGAGAGGAGGGUGGUGGUGGUGAUGGAUGGGUUGGAUUUUGUGCUGGCUGCGUUGGAUCCGGGUUUGGGGAUGGGUCAGGGCCAGCAGGGUGUUGGGGAGGCGUCGGGGACGGCUAUUGCGAUGAAGGAGAUGUUGAUGGAGUUGCGAGAGAAAACACACGCUGCCAUCGUCACGUUGGCCGCCGACGACCCGCUCAUCAAGGAGCAGGAGACGACGCUGGAGAAGCAGCAUGCCUGGUUUGCGCUGAACCUGGCACACGAGGCGGACAUGGUUAUCAGUCUGAGGCUACUGGACACGGGCGCCGCCAAGGACGUGAGUGGUGUUAUCAGAAUUACGCAUCGGGGAGCCCGCACAAAGGACCACGAGUAUUUGUACCAUGUGGGAGGCGACGGCGGGGUUAGAGUAUUCGAACGAGGGCAGUAG